UUAUGGAAAGAUAUGCUCCUACUGCUAAAGAUUUAGCUAGUAGAGAUGUUGUUUCUAGAGCUAUGACUAAAGAAAUUUUAGAAGGAAGAGGGUAAUUAUCAUUAUAUAAUAAUCAUUCUUAGAGUUGGACCAGAAAAAGAUCAUAUAUAUUUACAUUUAAAUCAUUUACCUGCUGAACUAUUACAUGAAAGAUUACCAGGUAUCAGUGAAGCAGCUAAGAUCUUCGCAGGAGUUGAUGUUACAAAAGAACCAGCUCCAGUAUUGCCAACUGUUCAUUAUAAUAUGGGUGGAGUACCUACAAAUUAUAAAACUGAAGUGUUAAAUUAAGUUAAUGGAAAAGACUAAAUUGUUCCUGGACUAUUAGCUGCAGGUGAAGCUGCUUGUGCCUCAGUUCAUGGUGCAAAUAGAUUAGGAGCUAAUUCAUUAUUAGAUAUUGUUGUUUUUGGAAGAUAAGCAGCAAAUUUAGUUGGUGAAAAAUGGAAACCAGGAUAAAAACAACCAGAUCUACCUAAGAAUGCUGGUGAAGCUGCUAUUGCAAGAAUUGAUAGACUUAGACAUCAUGAAGGAUCAUAAACAAUUGCUUAAGUUAGAAAAGAUUUAUAGAGAACUAUGUAAAAACAUGCAGCUGUUUUCAGAAUUGAAAAGACUCUAUAAGAAGGUGUUGAAAAAGUUAAGGAAAUUUAUUCAAGAAAGGAUGAUGUUAGAAUUAAAGAUAAAGGAUUAGUUUGGAAUUCUGAUCUUAUUGAAGGAUUAGAAUUAGAGAAUUUAUUAUGUAUUUAUUAAUUUAUACAUUACAUUAGUAUAAGGAAAAAUGACUAUUGAAGGGGCUCUGAAUAGAAAGGAAUCUAGAGGUGCUCAUGCUAGAGAUGAUUUCCCUGAUAGAGAUGAUAAAAAUUGGAUGAAACACACUCUUGCUAGAAUUCAAGAUACUAAAUCAGGAGAUGUUUAAUUGACUUAUAGAGAUGUAUAAUUAUUCAUUAAUAUAAUAAUAGGUCAUUACAAAAACUAUGGAUCCUAAUGAAUUUGACACUGUACCACCUAAGAAGAGAGUUUAUUGAU